CUCUUCCCCGCCUUGGAUCUUACUGUCCAAUCUUCUUCAUAUCGAAUCGCAAGAGCGCAUCAGAAUCAGGAAGACCGUCCAGCCAAUAAAUUAUGUGAGGCUGCAUGAGCCUGCGGGAGCAUCCGCUUUCAUUGGAAAAGGGUGGCUCGCGGCAGAAGUAACGCCAAUGGGCAGCGUCCACGAGUCUCGCGGCCUCACAAGAGCACCACACAAAUCUCCGGCAGACUGGUAAUUGGCAAGAGAUUUCCCAUUUCAUGUAUGGCGAUUCCAAAAUUGCCAGGUGUGCAAUGUCAUCCUGCAUCCAGCGUUUAGAUCAAACCGACGUGUCGAUGACUCGAUCUUUUCAUCGAAUGACCUCGUAGUCCAAACAGCAAGACCGCCACUACCUCUCGAACAAAACGGGCAAACAUUUGUACUUUCAAGUUCAGACACUACGAGAUAGCCCGCUGCAACCGGAUAACAUGACGACUUUGACGAUUACCGAUCUGGAGGUACUUCUUGCAAGGCUUGGGCUGAGUGUGCCCAUGCCGUCCUUCGAGGCUACCGAUGUCUUGAACAAACCUCUUGAUAUUGGCCGUUGCUACUUCGCCGACAUUCUCUGCAGCCUUGUCGACGGUGACCCGGAGAAGGCUUACAGUUCAAUCUUAUCACCUGGCGACAUCUUCAAUGGAGACUUGGCUGUAGUCUUGCCGAAGCUCAAGCCCGGCUCUAGAGCUGACGUCCUUGGCCCUGACCUGAUGACUAGGUUUCCAGAAUGCUCGCUCUUCAACCUUCCGUUUACAGAUGGAGUUCAGCUUCGAAUCAUGCUCAAUUCUCAGGCACUACCGCGACUUUUGUUCCCUUAUAUACAAGAACGCAAAGAAACGUAUGGACUUGAUGUCGCACUUGGACUUCGAGACGUGACCGCCCCCGGUCUCGGCAGGAAGAAGUUGGUGGUCGACUUCUCUUCGCCAAACAUUACAAGCGAGUUUCAAGGGAAACAUCUCCGAAGCACGAUCAUCGGAUCCUUCAUUAGCAACCUAUACGAGUCAAUGGGUUGGGAUGUUUCCAAGAUCAACUACUUGGGUGAUUGGGGCAUGCCAAUUGGCUUGCUUGGCGCUGGAUGGGAGCGAUACGGCUCCGAAGAGCAAUUCGCUGCCGACCCUAUUACACAUCUGCUGGAAGUAUUCCAUAAGUUCAACGAAGAAUUCAUUCCCGCCCUUCUGGAAAGCAAAAGAAUUCGAGACGCGGGAGGAGAUCCAGCCGAAUUCGAAUCCCAAGGUGUGUUCGCGGAGCGGAAUGCAUUUUUUAAGAGAGUGGAGGAUGGUGAAGAGAAGGCGAAGGGGUUUUGGAAGCGCGUCCGAAGUCUCAACAUUGAAAAUUACACCAAGCUUUAUGCUCGACUAAACGUCACUUUCGACGAGUACUCUGGUGAAUCGCAAGUCAGUCCAGCGACCAUGACGGAGGUAGAGGAAAUCCUGAAGAGCAAGCAACUUUGCGAACACAACGAUGAAGGUUGGCUCAUUGACCUGAACAAACAUAGGGAGCCUAAUGAGCCAAAGCCCGGUGUGGCGAUCAUCCGCAACCGCACCGGGACCACCACCUACCUGCUCCGAGAGCUUGCCGCUGCCUUGGAACGGGACAGAAAAUACAAAUUUGACAAGAUGAUAUAUGUUGUUGGAGAUCAACAUAAUACGCACUUCCCACGAGUCUUCAAGAUCUUGAAGCUUAUGGGUAUGGAAGAUUUGUCAAACAGACUGCAAUGGGUCCCGUUCAACGAAUGUUCUCAGAUGUCGAAGCAAUUGGGUGAGGGGGAGGGGCAUAUGCUAGGAGAUAUCCUCGACCAAUAUCAAACUGCAAUGGAAGAGUCGUUGAAAAUGAGCCCGGAAAAGUCUGCCCUCCUCGGCGAUACAGAUAAGGAAGCUCUAGAUGCUAUCGGCACCACUGCUCUUCUGGCUCAGGAACUCUCAGCAAAAAGAGCAAACAAUCACGCUUUCGACAUAAGCCAGAUGACCUCGUUCGUCGAAGGCACAGGUCCGGAUCUCCAGUACUGGUAUGCAAAGUUGUGCUCCAUCCUCAACCCAUAUCAUACUACUCUUGACCUCACCGAUGAAGACUACUCCUCCAUCGAAGACGAGGAGCAAAGCAACCUCCUUCGCUACCUCAUACAGUACCCUGACAUCACCCGCACAGCUUACACCAGUCUGGAAUCAGCUGGAGUUAUGACAUAUCUUUCAAGUGUUACUGCGCAGUUGUCGGUAUGCCUGGGUGAGGAGAAGAUUACUCAUACUCCUGCUCAAGUCAUGCUAUACGAGGCCACGCGAAGGGUUUUGGAGAAUGGAAUGAAAGUUCUUGGAAUAACGCCGGCCACAAAAUUGAAGGUGAAUGGCACGCACUUGGCCCACGAGGUGGAGAAGUUAACCUUGACCGAAUAAAAACGAAAACAUGGAACUGUCGGGGUAUACGGGGCGUUGAGGGAUUUGUGGAGUACGUUCUAGGCGCGUAUUCUUGAAUAAACAUGCCGAGUUGAAGAUACUUGGUUCUCACGACGAAAGGGCCUGGAGUAGAGAAGGAGCUGCGGAGCGUUCUACUUCAGGCAUACCUUCCUUGGUCCUAUCGACCUUAACGGUAAAAGCAGGAAUCGGCUUGCUUCAAGUCAUUAUAUGGGUAUGGCAUAAGUUGGGGUAACACACCAAAUUGUACACCGAAUUUGUUCGUCUCUUUGGGACUAAAGGGAACUUGCGUGGAAUUCGGGAAUAGUGAUUACUUACAGAUACGAUUGAUUAUGGGAAGUUUUUGGGUAUAAUAAAAAUUCUAGCACUACAUCAAUUCCCU